GCAUUUCCACGUUUGAUCAGCUGACAGCAAUAUCAAUGGUCACAUGAUGCCUUCACAAUCUGGAGUUGGACUAGUGAGUGACGAACUUCACGAAGUAGAUAUGCUUUAGGAAUCAUCAUUGCUUGAAUCCCAUCUGGAGGCUUCAAAAUUGAAAAUCAAGAAGACUUUGUUUAAUGAAAUUUAGAUAUAUCUACAACUAUAAAGUAUAAGUGAAACAUGGUCAUUUGAAGUUGGAUACAAACAUCACCACUUUGGUUGAAGUUUUACGGAUUCAGGACACAACUUACUCUGACCAGCACCUUAAUUUGUGAUAUCAAUAAACCACUGAUCCAUAUUUCAAAAUGAGUCGGAGCAGCAAGAGACUUUAUGCCAACAGACUGAAUGACUCGAUGGAUGCAUCGGGUUAUGAAUCCAGUGAGAGCCAAUCCUUGUUGGGCAGUGUGACAGUACGGACUCAUCCUGCACCGGGAGGAGAGACGUCUGUUCUUGGAGCAAUGUUUAUCGUGGUGAAUGCCUGCAUUGGGGCGGGGCUUCUCAACUUUCCAUUUGCAUACCAAACUGCUGGAGGGAUUGCCGUUAGUGCUAUCAUUCAGUUGGUGCUAGUUUGUAUAAUCUCCACCACUUUGCUGAUUUUGGCCCUGUGUUCUGAUGUGCGUCAAUCCAAAUCUUAUCAAGGCGUCAUUCAGGAGAUGUGUGGUCCCAUAGGAAGGGUUAUCUGUGAGCUGUGUAUCAUUGCAUACUGCUUUGGAACAUGCAUCACAUUCUUCAUCAUCAUAGGAGACCAGACUGAUGGAAUAUUAUCUUAUAUCUGUGGAGGUACAGACCACUUGGAUCACUGGUAUCAAGAUAGACGCUUCACCAUAACCUGCUGGGGAAUCUUCAUUGUCCUACCUCUGUGUAUGCCUAAAAUGGUUGACUUCCUCAAAUACCCUGGUUCCAUUGGAGUAUUUGCAUCACUUUACAUCUGUAUUGUAGUUAUCAUCAAUUACUUUCGGAAAGUUGGCAGCCCAAGUCCAGAUCUUGUCACUCAUCCUUCAUCCUGGACCCAAGUCUUUGCCUCAAUACCGACUAUAUGCUUUGGAUUCCAGUGUCAUGUCAGUAUUGUUCCAGUCUACUCCAGUCUUCACAAGCGCUCUCUACCUCGAUUCUCUCGCGUCAUCGUCCCUGCACUCCUGAUCAGCUGUACAGCAUACACACUCUCUGGUAUAUUCGGGUCUCUGACGUUUGGCAGCAAGGUCUGUUCAGAUAUCUUACUCUCGUAUCAUGAUAAAAACAUCACAAUCAUGAUUGCCAGAGUCAUGGCUUUAACCAACAUGCUCACAACAUAUCCUAUUCUUCACUUCUGUGGCAGGUUAGCCAUUGAGACAAUGUUACAAUCUUCUCUUGGUCGGACGGAUGAAGAGUGGGCCUUGAGAGAGAAACGGCGCAGGGUCAUUGAAACAGUAACAUGGUUUAGUAUCUCGCUUCUACUGGCACUCUUCAUUCCAGAUAUAGGGGUGGUCAUCUCGGUCAUUGGAGGGUUGGCUGCUGUAUUUAUAUUUGUAUUUCCAGGUUUGUGUCUAGUCCAGUUUGUCCUUCAGCACUCGGCCGCAUCCCGGAGGAAGAGAUGGUGUCUCAUUGCAUUUGGUGGAUUUCUCCUGGCUCUCGGUGUCUUCAUCUUCUCCGAGAGUUUCAUCCUUUCUAUCAUGAACGACAUCUCCGGUAACAAUAAGAGCGGAUGCUGAGAGCUCUUCUGUUUGCUCUUUAUUUCUAUGAUAUGCAGGAAGACAAACACUUGAGAACUCCCUGUAUGAAUUUUGAAAAUCUUGCAGUGUACGCAAGUCUUCAUUAUAUGAGGAUUCAUUCUCUCUAUCAUGAACGACAUCUCCGGUAACAAUAAGAGCGGAUGCUGAGGGUUUUCCAAUUUGCUCUUCAUCAAAUCUAUGAUAUGCAGGAAAGAAAAAGCUUGACAGUUUUCUGUAUGAGUUUUGAAAACCCUGCGCAAGCUUAAGUCUUUGUUAUAUGAGGGUUCAUUCUCUCUAUCAUGAUCUUGCCCUUUAUCAAUCUAUGAUAUACUGUACAAGAAUGAAAAAAACAAAAACAGAUGUCUUCCUGUGUGAAUUCUUCAUUACAUCAGAGGCUAUCACCCUCUUGGGGAGUAUUUCUGGGCCCCGGCUUGCAAAGACUUACGAUUGAUCCAAUCAACCACAACUAUGGAAAGCCAGCAACAUCAACAUCUAACAUGCAUGUUUGUUUAAAUAUAUUGUAGAUAUGAUUCAUAUUCACACAUCCAUUAUUUUCUUGAAUAUUCUGUAGGCUUCUCUUUGCUUAAAAAUGACAUUGUGCAAAUUUCCUGUCGAAAAAAAUUAUGACAUUUUUUUAUGACAAUUAUGAAAUAGUUGUGGUUGGUUUGAUCAGUCUUGUUUUUUAAACUCUUUUUUUUUUUUUAAACAGGCCCCUGGUAACUCAAAUAGAUGGUGCCAGGAUCUUCACUAAAUAUGUCAUUUACACGAAUGGAAAAGCCGAUAGUUCCUAUAUGACUUUGUAAAUGCUGUAUUGUAAUUGAAGCUCACACAACAUGUUUGUUUUGGAUAACUGGUGCUUUAUCUUUUAAAAUGUUGUCUCUGUGUUGUCUUACAUGCAAAAAUUAAAUUCCCUUUUUUUCUCCUUCUCCAAAUUUGGAUUUCACUCUGUUAUAUUUGUUCACUAUUUCUCUUCAAUGCUCUUCGACCACAGUAAGGUAAUUUGUCCGAUUCAUCUCGUCUGUGGUGAUAAAAGACAUAUUUUAAGUUCUUCACUUCUAUCACAAAGAGAUGUCAUAAAUAUAUUUCCUACAAGCUUGAAUUGAUGAAAUCUAAAGCUUUUAUUUUCUGCUUAAUUGGCACAGCUUUCCAAUUCUAUCUGCAUUCAAAUUAUGUGUCACAAAUUUUCCUGACAUAGCAAUUUAUGCCCAGUUAGAGCCAAACAAAGAAUUUACAAAAAAUCUAGUGAAGAGUUGUAGGUUUCCAUCCAUUUGAGCACUAAAUAGUUUUCAAUGCAAUUUUUUCUGCGAAGUGAAAAAAAAAAAUCGAAUUCGGAAUCUGAAAAGCAGAAAAAUUAACAUAUAUUUCUGUGUACAAACCAAUGGAAUCACAAUGCUCCUAACACAACAUGACUGCACGGUCUUGAGGCUGGUGAAAGCACGUAUAAGAAAGCCUAUUUUCAAAGCCUGAUAAUUGGAGUUAUUCUUAAGCAGAACACUCAGCUGGAAAGUGGUGAAAAUGCCUAAAGCUUGCAAUUAUGUGUUAAGUAGUUGAUAAGCUUUCGAUUGAUAUGAUUUGUCAUUUCACUUUUGGGUUUGGUCUGGGUCUUUAACAAGCAUUUCACUCCCAUGAAGAGAAAUCCACUUGGCGGUUAUUUUACUUUUGCAUUUGCACCCAAUAUUUAGUAAGGGUCGUCUUCGGUGCUAGAUGCCUUUCCCAAGUUUGAGCCCCAUCUUUCCCACGAAGCAUCAUUUCGCUUCUAAUCCACCCAUUUCAGCAUAUAAAAAACAAUGGAGAAUGUCACUUUCAGAUGAAUCUCUUUACGAAUAUUAACUGAAUGUGAAUGCUUUUUACAUUCAAGAAGACGGGGCAUAGACCUUUGGUGGUGCCUUAACAUUUUUAAGGUCUUCUCAUGGGCCCCGUCUUACAAAGAGUUAUGAUUGAUCCAAUCAUUCGUAACUCUAUGGAAAUCCAUCAGUGUCAUAAUUUUUUCUACAGGAAAUUUGCAAAAUGUCCUCUGUAAACAAAGGAGAACACACCAAAUUGUCAAGAAAUCAAUGAAUUUAUGGAUAUUCAUUCAUAUCUAGAAUUUUUUUGAACAAGCAUGCAUUUUAUAUGUUGACUUUGCUGGAUUUUCAUAGUUGCGAUUGAUCGGAUCAAUCGCAACUCUUUGUAGGACAGAGCCCCUGAUCUCACAUGAAAUGCCUCUCUCUCUUUAUUUCUCUCUCUCUUUAUUUCUCUCUCCCCCUCUCUACAUGUACCUCUUUCCUGCCUUUCUAUCCCAUCUCUUUCAUUCUACUGAUGGAAAAUGACAGAUGGAAAUUCAAUCAAUUUUAUGUAUAUUUCAUUUAGUUUUUUAUCCUCAGUAGAUUGGGGAAAAUCCUUUUCAAAAUUAGCAAUCCCGCCCUCUCCUUUACAUGUUAUUUUGUCUCUUUGUAACUUAGGUAAUUGUUAUCUGUUUCUUCAUUUUGUAUGAAUAUAUCUCACACUUGAGAAAGUAGAAAUCGAUUGUAUAUGAUAUCAUAGUCAACCCCCCCCCCCUCUACCUCCACCCCCAGAAGGGGUAGACUUGGCAAAACCUGAAGUGCAAUGUUCCUUUUAGAAUUAAAUAUUCUUGAAAAUUACUGUUCAAUUAAUAAAGCGAAGUGAACUUAAUUUUAGUACAAAUCAACUUUGCAUACAGAUUAUGUGAUAGAAAUACCUAUAUUAUUGCAUCUACUUGAAUUGUUGUAUGUACUUAUAUAAAGUGUACUUAGAAUCUAUUUAUUAGAAUUAUUUAUAAUCCUUUUCAGACAUUGAACCAAUGAGAUGCAUACCAGAAAUUCUGUAGAUUUCUGACAAUUUAUUCUAAUAUUGUGUUUUCUUUUUGUGAAUUUAAGUUUUCAGAGAUUUUGUUCGAAAGUUGGAAAUUUCAGGGAUUUUAUAGUACUUUAAGCAGGUAAAGACCUUGCUUUGUGAUUGCAGAAUCCUCAUAAAACUAUAAUAUUUCUUUAUCAGAUUCCUUGAUCUAUCUUGUAAAUGUAAAUUCACUGCCUACUAAAACCAGGUGUUAUUUUUCUAUAUUUGUUAGUAUCAUAUAUUAUAAUCUGUGACAUAUUGAUUGAUUUUUCUACGAGAUGACCAUCACUUUAUACUUUGCUAUCCAUUAAUAAUUUUUAUGGUGAAAGUCCUUGUACAGAGCACAAAGGGCUUUCUUGUAGAAAACCAAUUCCGACAAACAGCAUGGUAAUUUAUAUAAAAGAAAGAUAAUAGACACAAGUACUUUGAAUGUAUCUAUCGGCAAAUUUGAUUAUGAAACCCCUUCAUCAAAUUUUGGAAGUUAAGUUUGAUUUCUUUUUAGCGCAUAAUUAGUGCUUUGGUUUGUGGUGUCAUUGGGAAUAUGUGUUUACUUGAUUCAAUGUUAAAUAGUAUUUAGCCAUGGCCCAGAAUGUGCAGUAUAUAAGAACAACGUAAUAAGAAAUUUUUUUAAAAUCAUGAAAGUUCAUCUGUGUUGGUUGAAAAUAAGGAAAUUUUGAACUUUUAUUCACAACACACAAAGAAAAUUUUAAGAGUUACCUAUACAUUUUUGGCUACUAACUGCAGCCUUCCUCAGCGAUGCGGAAGGCUGCAGUUCAGGUAAUAGCUGAAAAUUUGUAUAACAUGUAGUUGCAAAAUGCACCAGCAAGCAUUUGGCUCUACCUAGCCUUUUUUUCUUCUAUUACUCAAAAGUGCGACAUUCGAAACCAUUUUGGUGGGCUUACUGUAUAUUUUCAUCUUGGGAUUCCCCCCCCCCCCCUACAGAUUUUCUGUAAUGCCUCGAGUAUCCACCAGACCUAGUGCUCAAUAUAUUACACCUUACUCUGGCUUUGCUCUUUUCAAAGUUUCUUUUUAGUUAAUGAAAUUUUGAGAUGAGCCAGUAUGUAUGAAAUUAUGAGUAUUACGAGGAUUAUUUAAUUUCAAUUAUUUAUUUCUAGUCAAUUUGCAAUGGUAUGUUUCAGAGAUGGCAUAUUCGAUUUUGUGUUACCUUCAUUUUCCACGAUGCUCUUGUUUGUGUGUCAAUAAAGCAAAAUGAGGUUCAUAAAGGGUUAUUUUUCUUUUCCAAACAAGAUUUUUUGUGAAUGAUGAUCAUGAUAAAAAUUGUAUAAAAAUACAUAACAUUCUUAUCAAAGA